AUGUCAGCAAAAUACGAAAAGUUACCUUUAGAGCCAUUUUUCAAGACUAUAGAUGAAUUGAAGUCUCAGUUCAUUUCACGUUUGCAAAAGGCAAUUGCUAUUCCUUCGGUGUCUGCAGAUGAAUCACUUCGACCAAAAGUCGUUGAUAUGGCUCAUUUUUUAGUAAGCGAGUUGGAAAAAUUGGGUUUUUUUGAUAUCCAGUUGAAGGAAUUGGGCACGCAGCCACCUCCAGUUCAAGACAAAAACUUACAAUUGCCACCUAUUGUAUUGGGUAGAUUUGGUAAGGACCCUAAAAAGAAGACGGUUUUGGUAUAUGGCCAUUAUGAUGUUCAGCCAGCCUUGAAAGAAGAUGGAUGGAGCACUGAACCAUUUGAAUUGCAUCAUGACGAAGCUAAUGGAAUCCUAUACGGAAGAGGCUCAACCGAUGACAAAGGACCAAUUAUGGGAUGGUUGAAUGUCAUUGAAGCUCAUAAUAAAUUGGGUUGGGAAUUACCCGUUAACUUGAUUGUUUGUUUUGAAGGUAUGGAGGAAAGUGGGUCCUUAGGUUUAGACGAAUUGGUAGCCAAGGAAGCAAAGGAGUAUUUUAAAGAUGUAGAUCAAGUUACCAUAUCAGAUAAUUACUGGUUGGGAACUACCAAACCAGUCUUGACUUAUGGUUUGAGAGGAUGCAAUUACUAUCAAAUUAUAAUAGAAGGUCCUGGUGCUGAUUUGCAUAGUGGUAUCUUUGGUGGUAUUAUUGCUGAGCCAAUGACUGAUUUAAUCAAGGUUAUGGCUAAUCUAGUCGAUACAAACGGUAAAAUCUUGAUCCCCGGAGUUGACGAGAUGGUUGCACCUUUGACUGAAAAAGAGGACAAGCUUUACGAUGAUAUUGAUUUUUCAGUUGCUGAGUUGAAUGCUGCCGCUGGAUCAGAUACAGCAUUACAUCAAAAUAAAAAGGAUAUAUUGAAGCACAGAUGGAGAUUUCCAUCAUUAUCGUUGCAUGGUAUAGAAGGUGCCUUUUCCGGAGCAGGUGCCAAAACCGUUAUUCCAUCAAAGGUGAUUGGUAAAUUUUCAAUUAGAACAGUACCAAACAUUGAUCUGCAAAAAUUGGACGAAUUGGUGUUUAAACAUGUUAAUGCCGAAUUUGCCAAAUUAAACUCGGUCAAUAAAUUUAAAGUUGAGCUUAUUCAUGAUGGUAACUACUGGGUUUCUGAUCCAUUUAACGAAAGUUUCCAAGCAGCUGCAAAAGCCACCGAAGACGUUUGGUCUGUGGUUCCGGACUUUACUAGAGAAGGAGGUUCAAUUCCAAUUACAUUGACUUUUGAAAAGGAAUUAGGCGUUGAUGUUUUAUUAUUACCAAUGGGUAGAGGUGACGACGGAGCUCAUUCAAUCAAUGAAAAACUAGACGUUAGCAAUUACAUCAAUGGAUGUAAGACCUUGGUCAUGUCUGACAAUUUGAAAAGAGCAGAGUCCUUAUUCAAUAGAAUAAUGAACCAGAAUUCUGAUUCAUCGGCAAACUCCAACAAUAAUAGCAGCAACAACAACAGCAACAACAACAACAGCAGCAGCAGCAGCAAUAAUAGCAAUAGUGGCAGCAGCAACAGCAAUAGUGGCAACAACAGCUAUGGCAAUAACAAUCCAAGUAACAGUUCUUCAAGUAGAUCUAGACAUCAUGGAUACCAUCAUAAUCAUCAUCACCACAAUAGCAACAAUAGUAACAACAGCGGUAACAGCAGCAGCAACAGCAAUCAUUAUUACCAAUCUCAUACCUAUAACAAUACAGGAUUUACACUGGAUCGCCAAACAACUUUUAGCGAGUCUGCAAAAUUACCCAAACUCGAUGUUCAAAAAUUAACAGAGGAUGCCUUGUCUACAGUAUCCGCCUCAGACCAUCUUUUAGCUUACUGCUGGACGAUUUGGUAUCAUUCCAGAAAUAAGAAAUCAUUACAACAGCCACAGGUGUUGUCUACAACUCCAACUGAAAACGCAGAAACCAACUCUACUACUCAACAACAGCAGCAGCAACAGCAACAGCAACAGCAACAGCAACAGCCCAAUAUUGACUCCUAUUUACAAACAACUAACUUGAUUCAGUUUCCAAAUAUAAAUAAUACAGUCUCAGGUUUCCCCUCUCCCUCAGGUACAAUAUCUCAUAUUGCUUCAUUGGAACAAAUGUGGACGAUGUUAUCUUCUAUUAAGAAUAGCUUCAAAUUGAGUAUUGGAACAGAGCUUCUUAUAUUUAAGACAGGUGUGAAUCCAGCAUGGGAAGAUCCAAUCAACUCAAAAGGGGGAAGAUGGGGAUUUCGUUUUAGUAGAAAAUCCCAGGACUAUAAAGAACCCUUUUCCUCCUCCUCUUUCUCCUCCGCCACUUCCUCCUCGGUGCAAUCCAAUACAGAGUAUCCCUACCAGUCAAUUGAAAAGUUACGCAAGAGGACAGCAUUAAUUUGGGAAAGGUUAGUGAUCAAGAUUCUUUCAGGUAGUUUCAUCCCACAAACACAUUCCCCGGAAGUACAAAACAUGUUGUUAAAUGACAUUUGUGGAAUUGUUCUUAGUGUAAGAAAAGAGGAAGACAUUAUAUCUGUUUGGAACUCCAAUUUGAAUUUUGCCCAUUCCAAAAAGGGUUCUGAUCUUAAAGGAAAUAGGAACAGUAAUGCACAGCAGCUCACUGCAUUCCAGGCAAGACGUACUAUAUGCGAUGCCAUUUUACGAGUCAUUCGUGAAUGUGAUUCAAUAUUAGAAAAGGGAUCGGACAGUGUGACUACGUUGGAUAGUGGUUCAAAUGAAAGAGUAUGGGGAGUCAGUUUUGAAUAUAGAUUACAUGUCGAAUCUACUGGUGGUCCAAAUAAUAACAAUAGCAACAACAAUAAUAGUAAUAAUAAUAAUAAUAAUAAUAACAAUGCUGGUGGUGGCGAAAAUGUUAUUUCAUCUGUUGGGUCGACAAAUAGCGCUUCUUCGUCAUCGUCGUUUUUGAAGUCGGAAAGAGGUAAUGGUAAAACUAAUGGGAGAUAUCACCACAAACAAGCAACAACCUAG